AUGUCCACUACUGUUUUUGUUGCUGGUGCCGGCGGAUACAUUGGAAAACAUAUUGUAUCUCAAUUACUUUCAAAGGGUUAUACCGUUAUUGGAUCUGUUAGAAAUGAUGAAAAGGGAGAACGUCUUGUAUCCUUGUUUGAAAAUGAUAAUUUUACCUACGUAGUAGUUGAGGAAGCGGAGGCUAAAGGUGCAUUUGACAAGCCGUUGAAGGAUCACCCACAUAUUAAAGUCUUUAUUGACACAGCAAGUCCUUUACCAAUUGGAGUCAAUUACGAAAAGCAGUUGAUUAGACGUACUUCAAAAGGAAUCAAGUACAUUUUGAGCUCAAUUAAAGACCACGGACCCAAUAUUACAAAGGUAGUGGUUACCAGUUCAAUUGCCUCGUGUAUGAAUGAAAAACAAAGUCAUGAUCCCAAUUUUGUUGUUGAUGAAAGUAAAUGGAAUCCAGAUAAACAUAGUGUUGGUAAAAAUAAUCCCACGUCGGCCUACUUUUAUGCAAAGGCAUCUGCUGAACAUGAAGCCUGGGACUUCAUGAAAAAGAAAACACAUUUCACACUUGCAACAAUUCUUCCUGGUUAUACAUUUGGUCCACAAUGUUUUGAUGAAGAUGUUUCCGAUCUUCUUGAAACCUCUGUUGAGAUUGUCACGAAAAUAUUUGAAUUAAAUAAGAAUGACCCUAUCCCCAAAGAGCUGGGAUUGUUUGUUGAUGUCAGAGAUGUUGCUGCUGCACAUAUACGGGCAUUCGAGCUAAACGAAGCUCAAAAUAAACGUUUGAUGUUAGUCUCAGAACCCUUUUCAGCUCAGGAAAUUGUUGAUAUUUUACACGAAAUGUAUCCCGCGGUUCAAUUGCCACUCGGUCACCCUGGAGACAAACCUAAUUACAAAUUCAACAAUAUCGAAACCAAAAAAAUUUUAAAUACUGACUUCCGCUCUUUAAGAUCAAGCAUAAAGGAUGAUUAUGACCAAUAUUUAAGGACUCAUGGUAUUAUAUCUUAG